GCACACGCUCGAAAAAGAAGCCACGCACAAAAUCAGCGGUGCCGGAUACAAGAUCGCCCAGCGAUUCCGAGUAUAUGACCGAUGAGACCACUGAAAAUGACCGCGAAGCCGGGAUCUCCUAUGACGAAUUUGUGCCCACGAGUCGCUCCUCAGUGCUGCCCGUCGGCGGGGCUCAGCAUCAGCGCAAUCGCGUGGCUGUGCCACGAAUUCGCCAUGUCCUCGUAAACCACAAUUCGGUGGCGUCGGCCGCCAACACACCGUCAAAGCAGGCGGUCAAUCAGGAGGAGAGGCCUCGAUUUGGCAAUCAAUUGAAGCUCCCGUCGCCACGUGAAAGUCGCAUGUGGCCGAACCACGAUGAGAUUAUCUAUCGAAAUUACUACUAAAAUGUACCUAUAUUUUUGGAAUUUGGAAUUUUUAUUUGCGUUUUAUGUUUGAUUUUAUUUUAUGUACCUUUAUCUGUUUAUCUCUGUUUCAUUUAUUUUCGAUGUUGGCCCAAUAAAAAUUAAAUUAUCUUCAAGAAGGACAACCGAACCA